AGUCAACCGGCUGUUGCAUUUUCGGUUAUCGAUUGGUCUUGUCUGGACCGUGAAGUCGCGGGAGAGUUUGGACAAAAAUGGUGGAUAAAUAAAUAGAGUUCACUAAGGCCGUUUAAAAAAAUAAAGUAUCAAUUUACGGUCUGCUUAACAGGAUGGCGCUCCCAUAGACACCAAUGCGAUAGCAGUUGGGUCUGGUCUGCUUUGUUCAUUGAUUGAACCAGAAAAAACAGCGACUGGAUUGGAAUCCUUCCUGCCCCCUUCAAAAAACGUGACUAGCUAGCAUAUUGACGCCGAUAAAUACAGAAACAAAUGGCUUUGAAUGGUGACCGUUAGGAUCGCGUGACAAGAAUGGAGGAUAAUUUGGAGCGCGUGCUCCAUUGCGAUGACAAGGAGGAGUUGAGGCGGAAACUGGCCCUGCUACAGAGGGAGUACUCCAGGACAGUUCAGAGAUUACAGCGAGCUGAGCGUUCAGAUGCCGUGCGGAAGCAUGUGAGGAGUCGGAUCUCUGAGCAGAACCUCCAGGACCAGACAGACCCAGUCCCAGCCAGCACCUUUCCCAACCCAGCUCUACCUCCCCUCUCCCUUGGUAGCCCUGCUAGGACAGCCCCAGGUUCGGCCUCACCACCAGGCCCCGCUGGAGACUCGACUGUGGCGGCAUCGUGUCCAGUGGAAUCUGAGAACCCCAGGCGGAGGGGUCCGUCCAUCCGCUUCCUCCUACCCGUCCAUGACUCUUGCCCUCGGACACCUGACCUUAACCCUCACAGACGAAGCCACUCCCUCCGGCUGAGGUCGCGGAGAAGCCGGCUGCGCUGGGAGCGGACGGGGAGGGUCCAGGGCGGUGAGGGGGCAGGGGGGAGGUACGACACGGAGACCAGCGAGGAUGGGCUGGAGCUGGAUGCACAAACAGAGAAAGAAGAGGACGGAGAGAAGAGAAAUAUGGAGGAAGAGAAGGAGGGUGUGAAGAAAAAGCUGGAGAGGGAGGAGAAUGAGAGGGAAAUUCCAGAUAAAGAGGCAAUGAAACAGAGCGAUGGAGAGGAGAGAGAAGAACAGAGGACAUAUGGACCGAAGGAGAUCGGUUCACCCCUUCCUUCUCUGAGGAGAGAUGGAGAGGAGAGAGAAGAACAGAGGACAUAUGGACAGAAGGAGAUCGGUUCACCCCUUCCUUCUCUGAGGAGAGAUGGAGAGGAGAGAGAAGAACAGAGGACAUAUGGACAGAAGGAGAUCGGUUCACCCCUUCCUUCUCUGAGGAGAGAUGGAGAGAAUGAGAGAGAAGAGGGAAGUGAUUCAGUAGCUGUGGGAGACUCCGUGUUAGGGGCUGUUGGGUUGUGUAACACUGGGGGAGUCCUGGACUCCUGCACUCUGGUGGAAGGUCUACCGUUCCCUGUAGAAUACUACAUCAGAACCACAAGACGCAUGGCCUCUUCACAGAGCCACAGAGACCUGCAGGCUGUCAUUCUGAACCAACUCAACAGGGGGCGCCACAGAAGGAGCAGGGGCCGGAUGUCUAACACUUCACAGUCCGACUCACUAGCACAACCCUCCAAUCACCGCCCGUGCUCAAGUCAACUGACCUCAAACUCACCGAACAAUCGCACACCGGUUGAGGAGCCAUCAGCCAAUCAGAUGCUUACCGCUGAGUCAGGGACCAAUCAGAGUGAGCGUUUACCUUCCAGAGCCUGCAGUGUUCGGCCUAUCAGAGGCCGGAGGAGGAGAGGAAGGAGGCCGACACUGGGCCGCUCUCUAAGUUUGGACUCGGAUCCCCCAGCACCAGUCCCAGACAACACCCAGACCCCGGCUGCUAUUAGCCCAGCCUCACAGCCUCUCCCUGGGGGUGGAUGUCCGGAGCGCUGGCCUCUCUCUGGAGGUGUGGAGGAACAGCUUUAUCCCAUCUUCAGAAGGAGCUGUGUCUCUCCCCUCAUUCACACAUCAAAGCAGAGCAAAGAGAGUGUGUGGUCUCUCCUCCUGCCCUCCUCCCUCUCCCCUGGAGGACCAGCAGUGCACCCUGGGAGUCUGGGCCGCGUCAUCUCAACCUUUGACCUCCAGGAUUUCCAUCUCCCCGACGAUCAGUUCGGACAGCUAAAGCUCCAGAAGCUUCGCGCCUCAUUUGCCGUUGCCGUCCCAGAACCCUUCUCACCUUACAACAUGCGUCGUCGCCGCAACAGAGGCUCGGUCCACGGUCUCCACGGCGACACAGGCGGUCAGACGUCUAAAGCGCCUACGCAUGAGCCCCUCCCUCUCAGCCUCACCCCUUCUGUCACAGACUGCGUCACUCCGGUAGAACAGUCUGUAGACAGAUAUAUAGGCCAGCAUCUUAUAGACCACCCUAUAGGCCAGCAGUCUACAGACGCACUAGACCAUUCUACAGACCUCCAUUCGGAGUACCAUUCAGUUUGCCAGUUUACAGACCACCCUGUAGACCAGCCUACUGGCCAUCAGUCUACAGACCACUUUGUAGACCAGCCUACUGGCCAUCAGUCUACAGCCCACCUUGUAGACCAGCCUACUGGCCAUCAGUCUACAGCCCACCCUGUAGACCAGCCUACAGGCCAUCAGUGUACAGACCAACCCGUAGACCAGUCUACUGGCCAUCAGUCUACAGACCAACCUGUAGACCAGCCUACUGGCCAUCAGUCUACAGACCACCUUGUAGACCAGCCUACUGGCCAUCAGUCUACAGACCACCCUGUAGACCAGCCUACUGGCCAUCAGUCUACAGACCACCCUGUAGACCAGCCUACUGGCCAUCAGUCUACAGACCAACCCGUAGACCAGUCUACUGGCCAUCAGUCUACAGACCACCCUGUAGACCAGCAUAUAGGCCAUCAGUCUACAGACCAACCUACUGGCCAUCAGUCUACAGACCAAUCUGUAGACCUGCUUAUUGGCCAUCAGCUAACCGUUUUAGUAGGCCAGUCUAUAGACUUUCCUUCAGUAGACCAGCAGACAGGCCUACUCACUACUGAGUGCCCUUCCCUUCAAACUGAAAACGAGACAGAGUGCCCUCCUGAGUGUCCAUCCUUCCACACAAAGACUAAGGGCCUUUCUCCGUGCCCUACGGAGUUCUCUGUCGAGUGCCUUACCAAAUGUCCUUCCGUGUGCACUACUGAGUGCCCUUCCCUCCGGACGGAGACAGAUGCAGAGUGUGCUGUCCCCCCCAGCCCUUCCCUGCUCCUCCUUAGCUCCUCCUUAACCAGCCACACCCCUCACGGACACACCCUCUCCCUUUCCCUCUCCUCCAUUCCCCCCUUACCUUCCUUAGGGAUGACCCCUAGCCCCUUGACCCCUAACCCCAACAUACCCCUCUCCCUCCCUGACAGCCCCCAUUACCUUCUUUGAGGCGGUGACUCUCCCCCUCUCCUGCCCUCCCUGCCCCCCACUCUGGCCCUCCCCCUCUCCUGCCCUCCCUGCCGCCCCACUCUGACCCUCCCCCUCUCCUGCUCUCCCUGUCCCCCUACUCUGACCCUCCCCUUCCCCUCUAGUCCCUCCACCCAAGCCCUCUCUCCUCCCUCCCUCUCUCCCUGCCCCUCGCCAAUCUUCCCUCUCUCCUCCUCCCCUCCUUCCUCCCUUGCUCUCUGCCACCCCAACCUUGUUGAUUCCCUGCCCCAACUUUUGCUCCCUCCCACUCCUCUACUACUGCCUCAAUCUCUCCCUCCAACCCCAAAUACACCCCCUCCAUCGUCCCUUAUCCAGCUUCUCCGCCAGCCAGCUCCCUCUCUCCACUCAACCAGACAGGCCACCGAGGAGAGAGGAGAGGGAGAGGAGGAGAGAGCGUGGAGGAAGAAAGAGGAGAAGAGGAGGGAUGGGAUGACAGAGGAGGGUGUCCUAACGCUCUCUCACACACUGAAGGCCCCUGCAGGAGGCAGCCUGGUGGAUGUGUGCUGUGUGUCGUGGCUGUCAGUAGGUGUAUGUGUAGCGGUGGCAGGAGAGUGGGAGGUGUGUGUUUGGGGUCAGAACAAGCCCCCACACUGGAGACGACUCCACACCUGGACCUUCAUAGAAUCAGUGAUGUCAGUGUUUCCUGUGUCGGACGCUCCUGGGCUUCUGUGUGUGACUCUGGGCCAGCUGGAAAUCAGAGAGGCCAGGGUCCUGUGCUGCUCCAGUCUGUCCCAGGCGGUGCUGUGUGAGGGGGAGAUCCACAUGGUGGUGGGCAUGUCCAACCGAAGGCUGGUUAGCUCCUCCUACUCUGUCGCCACAACCCCGCUGCAGGUCUACACACUGACACAGGAUGGCAGGCUGCAGGCCUGCCUGUCUUUGGUCUGUCCUACUGAGCGCGUGCAGACCGUGGCGGCGGUGGAGGGACAGACUGACGCUCUGAUUGGCUCAACCCACGGAGGACAUGUUGUUCUGUGGAACGUGACGACGGGGCAGCUGCUGCGGAGCAUCAAUCUGGGAGAUGGUUUCAAGGAUAUGACCUGCCUCCGAGGAUACUCCCUCUGCGGGGUGCUGUUUGUCCUGUUGCAACACCCGUCCCUGUGUGCUGUGGAGGAGGAAGAGGGAGGGGCUCUGUUCUCGCUAAUCGCCACCAACCCUCUGACUGGCACCGUCGCCCUGGCAACCAGACUAGGCCUCCCCAAAGCCUGCACCGGGAGGCUGGUGGAGGUUGAUGUCCAUGGAUCCAGUGUGAUUGGGGUUUUCCGGUCCGGCUCCGUGUGUGUGUGGCAGCUUGGGGGGCGUCAGGGCCAGCAGGGAGUCUGGUUCCCAGAGCUGGGGUGUCAGCUCGCCCGUUGGGGGGCGCAGGGAACUGUCCUGACGGCACACCUCAAUGGAGACGUCUGCUUACACCUCUACAGACCACUAUAGAACACUCUGAACAACUACAGACCACUAUAGAACACUUUGAACAACUACAGACCACUCUGAACUACUAUAGACCACUCUGAACAACUACAGACCACUUUAGACCACUCUGAACAACUACAGACCACUAUAGACCACUCUGAACUACUAUACACCAGUCUGAACAACUACAGACCACUUUAGACCACUCUGAACAACUACAGACCACUAUAGACCACUCUGAACAACUAGAGACCAGUCUGAACAACUACAGACCACUUUAGACCACUCUGAACAACUACAGACCACUAUAGACCACUCUGAACAACUAGAGACCAGUCUGAACAACUACAGACCACUUUAGACCACUCUGAACAACUACAGACUACUAUAGACCACUCUGAACAACUACAGACCACUAUAGACCACUCUGAACAACUACAGACCACUAUAGACACUCUGAACUACUAUAGACCACUCUGAACACCUACAGACCACUUUAGACCACUCUGAACAACUACAGACCACUCUGAACAACUACAGACUACUAUAGACCACUCUGAACAACUACAGACCACUAUAGACCACUCUGAACUACUAUAGACCACUCUGAACAACUACAGACCACUUUAGGCGACUCUGAACAACUAGAGACCACUAUAGACCACUCUGAACAACUACAGACCACUAUAGACCACUCUGAACAACUACAGACCACUCUGAACUACUGUUAUACAUGCCAGAGAGGCAUGUUUGUUCUACCAAACACAUUUCUAUCUGAAGGUUGUCCAAUGUGUCCUGCUGAAUGCAGCCCAGAAGGGUCUGCUACAUAGCAGGAACAAUGAGUUAGCACUCUAACUUUGAUAAGCAACCAGAAAUAACUAUUGAUUUUCUGGUUCAUUUAAGAAAGCUAAACUUAGAUAUGUGUUUUUGGUUGUUUUAUUAUGCCAUGCACUUUAUAUAUUUCUAUAAAACAAGUUAUUUCUGAAUAUUUAGGCAAGUUAGCUGGGUAACACAUUGAUCUUGCUUAGUCGUAAACACCUGCAACCGUGACUUCUGGUGCUGAAUCACAUUUUUGAUUCUGAUUCUUCUGAAUCACUUUCUACCACAUCCAAAUGACGUGGUUCAAAUGUUUGGUUCCUGAGUCUGUUCCAUAUGUUCCUACAUAUAAAUGACAUGGUUCAACUGG